CGUUCUAGCGUUUAAUAAGGUUCGAUCGCUGAAGCUUCGAAAGAGUAUAAAAAUGAGAGUUCUCAGCAUGAUACAUCACUUCAGAAGAAGCCUUCACCAGUACCACAUCGCAAAGGAAAACCCCAAAACACAGAGCAUACAGUUACUAUGCAUAACUGGCGUUUAUUACUGGCGUUUGUCGCGAUACUUCAGCCUAUUUUGUCGUUCACAGAACGAAGUCUUGUUAAUGGACGACAAGAGUGUUGUGGUCGGCAACCACCAGCUUUACUUCAACAAAGCAAGCGGUCUUUAGAUGGUACCCACGCUAACAUUCGAGAAAUAUCCGAAAAUCGUUCAUUAAAGGAUCGAGCGACAACUCACAUACGUGACAUCCGUCGUUAUAUCGUACAGAAUAGAAACCAACUGAAUCGACAGCUUGUUGAAGACUUCAGAAACAAUAGAAGCAAACAAAAUACUCGCCAGUUUUCUGUCGAUUCUCUUGUGAGGGCUGAGCUAAGGGUUGAAAGACAUCGACAAAGGUCGAAUGGAAUUAAUGAUCGACGCGUAUUAAGGGAAGUCACAGAACGAGAUGUAAGAUUUUACAGAAGCAUUGAACGUAAUAACAAAAAUCUUGAAGUUCGCAGGGAAACCGUUUCUAAAUCUUUACAACAAUAUGAAACAGAUAAUGUGGCUGCAUCACGUACGUCCCGGCGUUAUAUCCCUAAUGAGAGAACAAUUUCCACUCGAAGGUACUCAAUGGAAAUUCGAACUCAGGCAUUGGCCAAAGAAAGACGUGACGUCCAUAAAAGAGAUAGAGACAACUUAGCCCGUGAUCAAUCAGAUUUUCGAAGCGUUCGAAAAUCAACUGAACGUAAAAAUACUGAAAGCAGAAAACUUUCUGAAUCACAAAACAGACUUCUAGAUGGUAUGAUCUCGGAACGCUUCGAGUUUUUCAGAUUUACCACAGUUAAUAGAGAUGAUAACAGGCGUUCGACUUUACUAGAAAGAAGAAUGACCGACAUUCAAAGAACUCGUCCUGCUAAUGAACCACAAUCAGCACGUAGAAUUUUAGAAGACAAACGGACGGCACGUCAAGACAGACAUAGCGAAAGAGCUUUUACCAGAGAUUUCAAAACCACUGUAACACGUAGGACUGAAUCUACGCGAAAAGGAAAUGAACUUAUACGAGAAAAACUAGUCCGUAGAGAUUCUGAUGGAAGCCGACGAUCACGAAUUUUCUCGGUGCGGCGUGAAAUUAACAGCGACGAAACAAUUUCGAAAUUUAUUCCUUCACGAAUACUGAGCCGUGAAGAAAGACAACAAAUGAAGGUCCGUCGAAUUGAAUUUAGGCAUUUAGACUUUGCCGAUCGUAGGAGCGAUUCUGAAACUCUCUUUGAUAAUCGCAGUUCGAGACGUGAGAUUAGAAAUAAGCUUACUGAAGGUAUUCGUGUCGGGGACGUAUCACGUAAUCGAAUGGCGGUCAGAAACGGUCGGAAUUAUUUCUUCAGCGGUGGAGAUUCCGAAACUCAUUCCCGGGAAAGGUCAACAAUCCAAAAAGAAAUUCCGAUAGAAACGAACGCCUAUAUAAAUUGGCAAACUAUAUUAUACACCUUGCAAGGAAUUUACUUGUGCGGAAUUCUCAUGCAGAUGUUCAACGAUAAUGGACAGGAAAAUAAAAAAAUUAUGAAGACGCGUUGGUGGUCCUCUACUUCUAUGCCGAAACUGAUUAAAUUGGAGUAACUUAUUAGUAACUUGUUAUAAAAUGAAAGUAUUUGAAAUAUUAUGCUUAAUGUCACGUAUUCUUCAUUAGAUAUUUCAAUUAUUGUAUAGUCUCUAUUUAACUAUUUGCUUUAUUCAAGAUAGACUUUUCCUGUUAAAUAUUUAUAAUUAUAUAUACUAGUAAAUAUAUGUAACGAGUUAAAUUA